AUGCUUCUGAUCCAGAGAAUGUGCGGCGAGUACGAUCAGAAUGUCCCUUCCAUGCGAAAGGCUUGGGGAUACCAGGUAGCCUUGGCACGGCACCAGGUGUGCGGAGCAUACCUGCACUUCAGGGCCUUGAUGGAGAAACGCAUCCCUGGAGGGAAAUGGAAGGAGGUGCAAACUUCCUUGGACUCCCAGUUUCAGUACGGCUUUCUCGAUGUAGACUUGAGCCACGUGCUUUGCAACGAAGUGCCCCCGGGCAGCCUGGAGUCCAUCAGCGCAUGCCGGCCCUACCUGCGGCAAGUCGAGAUAGCGGAGGACGAGAAGAAAAGUGCGGAAGCGGAGAAGAUGAAGAAACAGGUUCGGGAGGCCAGCUGUCAGCAGCUCAUGGCCCAGAUCGAGAAUGACAUGGCGCAGUUGCAUGGACGGGACAUGAACAAGCACAGGGCAGCGCGGGAAACAGCUUUGGAUGUCAAGUACAUUCGUGACCGGCAAGGACACCUGUUCGUCGAGAACUUCAUGAAGUCUUCGUGUCAACUUCUUCGUUUGGAGGAAGAUGCGGAUUUCGUGAAAUCCGCGAUCCUGAACAAGUAUGUCCUGGUGCUUCUGGAUUUCACCGUGUUUCCAGCCAACGGGCUUUACGUGAAGCAAGCGCUGGACGUUUGCUCCAACGUCCUUGCGCUUUCCCAAACGCAUGCUGCGCACGUGCAAUUGCCUUUGGUCCAAAAGCAAACGUCAACGGCGGCUGCGGUCAAGCAUCGCAGAAGCGUCGAGGAUCACUUCAUGAAGGCGAACGUGUCCCUGCGGGAUGGAGUGUCCCUGCUGUUCUCCAAAGACCUGGAUGCGACAGCUUCGGACCGUCGCGCCCUUUCCCAAUCAUGCGUGGCGUGCAUGUACGAGGACUUCAAGGAGUGCUCCUUUGUGAAGAGUGCAGCGGUCACGGAGGGCCGCAUCGGACCAGUGCCGUUGAUCCGGGUGAGUGAAUUCAUUGGCUACGAUGAUUUGCUGCGACCAGGGGCGGCGGCCCGUGUCAUUGCUCAGUCUGUCGGUGCACUGAGGAAGGGCGUCCCGUGCCAUGCCGCCAUUAUAGAUGCGUACUUCAAAGGCCUUGAGAUCGAGGAGAAAGACCGCUGCAUCAUCUUUGAUUUGCUGCCAAACAAGUCUGUGACUGAGGAGGGACGACUGAUUGAAUCACUGGUCAGUGUUGGUCCUUUAGCAAGUGCGUGCAUUAGGCUUAGGACUAGCCAGAAGCCGAGGCGUGCAGAAUUUGCACGGGCCGCAAUCGACGGGUUGUUGACUCAGCCAGCCCCGCAGACCCCGAAGUAUGUGGGCGUUCUGAGGGCGGAUCAAUUUGAUGACAUCAACAAGUUCAUGCGCAGCAAGAUCUUCAAGCAGUGGGACCAGGCCGCAGAUGCCCCCCCGAAGCAACGGCCUCGCUCGGAGACCGCAGGGCCUGCAACGGACAUCCAGCUGGAUGUCUUGGCAUGCCAUCGUGGGCAGGCGACUUGGCCAGCGGAGAUCCUGCAGAAGUUCCCCACGGGAACACCGGAGUACCAGAAGCUUGCGGACCUCAAGGCAAAGUUUGACAAGGACUUCCCGAGCGCCCCCACGCAGCCACCUCGUGAUGCUGAGACCCGUGCAUCCGGAGCUUGUGAUUACUCAAUCAAUGGGGGUGUCAGGCCCGUUGACUUGGAACGCACCGUGGACCUUGAAAGCUUCCCUCUGGACUCUAUCCCGGAGGAUCGGUUUCUUGGCGUGUAUUGGAAGCAUCACAGGUUAUUGCUCGAGUGUGAUCCGGUCUCAUUUGUUGCAGAUGUAGCCAAAAAGUGUCAAAGGUGGGACUCACACCGAGUCGAGUGA